AUGUCAAACGACAAUGACUAUCGCUCCGUUCCUGCCGAGGAAAGAAAAGAGGAAAAAGAUGCCGCCGUCAUUCCCGUGAAAACGGUCGACGAUUUCCUAAAAAUGGGCAAUUACUGUUAUUUAAUUCUAUUGAUCUCUGAAUUUGUGCUGUUGAGCGGCGCUGGAAAUAUGCUUUAUAUGAUCUUUGCUUCAAGUGCUCCACGGGUCUCAUGUCGGGGUUCUAAUUUCACUAUAGAGGACGUUUGUAAGAAACAUAUCAACAUAUCAGCAUUAACUGAUUGCGAUCUGCAUGUGCAGUAUGAAUUCAAAUCUUUAAAUGUUGAGUUCGGUUACCUUUGCUCUGAAGGACGCUGGGUAAAAAGCAGCAUCUCGGUGCAGAUGAUCGGUGUUUUGUUAGGAACACUUUUCUUCGGCACAACUAGUGAUCGAUACGGGAGGAAAUCGAGCCUCGUUGUUUCAUUCAUCAUGACAGCAUUGUUAAGUAUUGCAGUAUCUUUUUCAACGAAUUUAUUCAAUUUUACUGUAAUCCGUACAAUUCUUGGCUUUUUCAAUGGAGGACUUCUGGGUACCUAUGGCGUCUACAAACUGGAGCACGUGCCGAAAAAACAUCGUUUCUGGGUGGCCACAGUGAUUGCAUGGGCGCCGAAUUUUAUUUUACUCAACGUGAUCGCAUACAUCGCACAUGACUGGCGAACAUUUCAACGUGUGCUUGUCUUGAUCGGCUCACCAGCGUUGAUUCUGUUCUUUUUUGUUCACGAAUCUCCGCGUUGGUUGAUACAGAAAGGGAAAAUCGAGGAGGCAAGGAAGGUUCUGCAACGAAUUCAGCAUCUCGAUCGUGCUGAGGAAACGAAAAAGGAUGAAAUGGAGAAAAUGCUCGAUAUCGCCUAUCAAAAAAUCCAAGCACGACAAGAGAAGGCGAAAAACUACAACAUACGCCAUCUUUUCUACACUAAGGAUAUGGCAAUCGCGACGAUCACGUAUUGUACGGGAAUUUUUAUGACAAGUAUGAUCAACUAUGGACUGAUAUUUAAUAUUGAAAUGUUAUCUGGAUCAUUCUUUAUUAACUCAAUCCUAAUGGGUUCCAUACGGUGGUCGAUCAAUAUCGUAUUCGGUGUUUUGGAUUACAAGUGGAAAGCGAUGGGAAGAAAGGCGGUGCAUUUCGUUUCACAGACUUCUAUCGCUCUCUGCCUUCUUGCAAUUUCCGUCACUUAUAUUUCAGGAUUAGACGAUCGCUACGCCGUUGUGAUUCGAGUUUCGACAAUUAUUGCAGCCGCUACCACAGCACAGAUUUUCAUCACUAAAAGCAUCUCCGGUAUGGAAUACUAUCCUACGGUAGUGAGAAAUUCCGGUAUGGCAUUCAAAUCGACAUGUAGCCGGCUGGGCACAAUUCUUGCUCCUCAACUCUUUCUUGUGAACGCUUGGCAAUCUCUACCGUACGUGGUGCUAACCGUUAUGGCCACACUCGAUACGAUCGCAUUCCAGUUGGUUAUUCCAGAAACUAAAGGGAAACCAUUGCCAGAAAAUAUGCCGGAGAAACGAAAACGUUCGAAAGCGAUGGCGAAACGGCAAAACUCGUUCGUUAAUGCAAAAGUUUGA